AAUCAAAAUCAACCAAAGGAAAGGAUGAGAAAAUGUUAACCAUAGCAAUCAAGAUACCCAAACAACAUUGGGUUUCUUUUUUGUUCUUCGUUUUCUGAAAAUUUUGUCGACGCCAAUCGACGAGAAGAGAAGAAAAGCAACGUUUAGGAAGAGAAAUGGGAGCUUAUAGGGCCGACGAUGAUUAUGAUUACUUGUUUAAGGUCGUCUUGAUCGGUGAUUCCGGCGUUGGGAAAUCCAACCUUUUGUCUAGAUUUACGAAGAACGAGUUCAGCGCUGAAUCGAAGUCGACUAUCGGCGUCGAGUUCGCAACUCGGAGCAUUCAUGUCGAUGAUAAGGUCGUUAAAGCUCAGAUUUGGGACACUGCUGGACAAGAAAGAUAUCGCGCAAUUACAAGUGCAUAUUAUCGAGGCGCGGUCGGAGCUCUACUGGUUUACGAUGUUACCCGCCGCGUUACGUUCGAGAAUGUACAGAGGUGGCUCAAGGAACUCCGAGACCACACCGAUCCGAACAUCGUGAUUAUGCUGGUCGGGAACAAGGCUGACCUGCGUCAUUUGCAAGCCGUUGAAGUCGACGCCGCCAAAGCUUUUGCGGAAAGAGAGAACACCUUUUUCAUGGAAACAUCUGCACUCGAGGCUCUGAAUGUCGAGAACGCUUUCACUGAAGUGUUGGCUCAGAUCUACCGCGUCGUGAGCAGGAAAGCUCUCGAUAUCGGAGAUGAUCCGACAGCUUUACCCAAAGGUCGAACGAUCAAUGUCGGAUCUAAAGAGGACGCAUCGACAGCGAAAGGAGCCGGAUGUUGCUCGUCUUAAUUACACGGAUGAAUGAAUUCUUCAAGAUGCUUCAUCUUUUGAGAUUCUUUUAUGCCCUUGAAUGCACACACAAAUGAACGUCAACAUGUAUUUAGCCGAUUGAAAUUGUGGUUUGGAUUAGGCUAAAACACAAAUCCUUUUAU